UCUUUUUCGUCUUCAAAAGAUUCCUAUCCUCAUUUCUAUUGAGCUGCUGAGUUACUAUUCCCUAUUCCCUUGUGCCAUUGGUGUAGUUGAUGAUGGCUGAUAUCAAAGUAGAUAUGGCACAGCGUGACCAGCAGCAGCAUGUCAUAGUUGAAGCUCCAGAAAUGGAGAAACAAGAAGUAAAGCCUCAAAAAACAAAGCGAGUGGCUUCCCUUGAUAUUUUCAGAGGCCUAACUGUUGCACUGAUGGUGUUGGUUGAUGAUGCUGGAGGAGAAUGGCCUAUGAUUGGGCAUGCACCAUGGAACGGUUGCAAUCUUGCAGAUUUUGUGAUGCCAUUCUUUCUGUUUAUUGUGGGAAUGGCCAUCGCACUUGCUCUCAAGAAAAUACCAGAAAAGCUAGUGGCCAUCAGAAAGGUGAUACUAAGGACUCUCAAACUUCUGUUUUGGGGCCUCCUUUUACAAGGGGGAUAUUUCCAUGAUCUUGACAAGCUAAAAUAUGGUGUCGACAUGAAUAGGAUAAGGUGGUGCGGCAUUCUCCAGAGAAUUGCUCUCGCUUACUUGGUAGUGGCAAUGGUAGAAAUAACAACAAGACAAGCCCAACCCAAGGAACUAUCAACUCGAUGGUUCUCCAUAUUCAAGAUAUACUAUUUGCAAUGGGUUAUUGGAGCGUCUGUUUUACUAGUUUACUUGGCCACAUUAUACGCAACAUACGUUCCUGACUGGCAUUUUGUUGUCCAGAACCCGGACAGUGUUGAUUUUGGGAAGACUUUAACUGUUACUUGCAAUGUGAGAGGAAAUUUGGAUCCUCCUUGCAAUGCAGUGGGUUAUAUUGACAGACAAGUACUUGGAAUCAAUCACAUGUAUUCGCGUCCUGCUUGGAAGAGAUCUAAGGCAUGCACUAAAAAUUCCCCAUAUGAGGGACCUUUUAGGGAUGAUGCACCAUCAUGGUGUUUGGCACCUUUUGAACCUGAAGGAAUUCUGAGCUCAAUUUCUGCUAUUCUCUCUACUAUCGUUGGAGUUCAUUUUGGACAUGUCCUUAUCCAUAUGAAGGAUCACACAUGCAGACUUUUGCAUUGGGUUGUCAUGGGCGUAGCUCUUUUGGUUUUAGGAAUUAUCCUCCAUUUCACUGAUGCUAUUCCUUUAAAUAAGCAACUAUACACCUUCAGCUAUGUCUGUGUAACCUCAGGAGCAGCCGCGUUAGUGUUCUCUGCUUUCUACAUUCUGGUUGACAUUUUGAACUUGAAGUAUGUAUUUCUGCCACUGGAAUGGAUUGGCAUGAAUGCCAUGCUUGUUUAUGUAAUGGCCGCCAGUGGAAUAUUUGCAGGCUUCAUCAACGGCUGGUACUACGAGGAUCCUCAUAACACACUGAUAUAUUGGAUAAAGAAGCACAUUUUCAUUGGAGUAUGGCAUUCAACAAGAGUAGGAACUCUUCUUUAUGUCAUCUUUGCGGAGAUUCUGUUCUGGGCUAUCGUUGCUGGCCUACUUCAUCGAUUUGGCAUAUAUUGGAAGCUUUAGUUCUGAUGAAACCUGCAUCUUCUGCAGUACAUCUUGCAGUACAAAUGAUUUCAUUGGUUAUUGCUUGUAAAAUAAAAAAGAAGCAAUAUUUCCAUUGGAAUUCAUGUCAAUUCUUCAAGUUUAUGUGAACUUUCUUGUUGAAUUAUCCAACAAGAUAGACAGAAUAGGGAUUGCUUUCA